AUACAUCGGAAGCUUCGUGACGCGUGCUGGUUUUAUUGCGAACGCGCCUUCGGCGAUGUUACAGGUACAGCUAAUCCCUCUGAAAAAUAUAAUAUACUUUGGAUGCUGAAAAAUUGCAGGUAAAUCGAUGCAGGUAUAAGCAAUUACGAAUUAAAAAAAAAAGUUUUACCUGUAAAUAAAGGCUCCCGACCACUAGUCAAUGUAGCACCCAAAUUCAAUAGAUUCGAUAAAUAGACCAUCGGUCGUUUGUGAGACGAACUAAAGACACCUACAAUAAAUUGAUAGGUUAAUGAAUCGAAGUCCAGAUGUGGAUUUUGAAUAACAAUAUCGCAGUUAACAAUGAGAAUCGAGGAGAGGAUACGCGGGGCAAUGAUAGAUUUUUAUAUUUUUCACAUGUGUGGCCGCGAGCCCUUAUUCAGAAGCAGAAUCAAUUUUUCAAUUUGUAAUCGCUUAGAUGAUCGAUUUAUUUGCAAAUUGGCAAAGGCUACCGUUUGUUCGCGAAAUGAACUAACGAUCGGCAUAAUAAUAAAAUGUUCGUUAAUCAAUUUUAUAGCCUUUUAGCUCGACUCGAAUUUGGAUGUUCGUUUCAUAGCAUCGAAAACAUAUUUUAUUUUUGAAGGGACUAGUUGUGGAAAUACUACCACGCGACACCGAGAAAAGUUGUAGCUCGUUCAAUGAGGUAUCCAGUUGCAUAAUUUGUUUAUCGAUUUUCUUCAAAGGACUAAUUUCGACUGGUAAUUUUGGACGCCUAAAAACUUUCCACUGGUAUCUCUGGCCGGCUCGGUCGCUCGGCGCUUUCCCGCCGUAUCGAAUAAUGUGGACGCUCGAUCACGCGUAUUUGGUGAGCGCGACAGAUAAGCGUCGUGCGUUCCACGGCGAGUGUCGCGUCGCGCGCCCGCAUGCCUUCGAUUGAUUUGCACGAGCGAGCGCUCGGUCGACGCCGCGAGAGCUGAUAACCGAAAGAAAGGCUUCGGCACCGAGGGCCGGCCGGCUCGAGAGCCAGUCGCGAAGAUGUCGUGCAGCGCGGCGGUAGCGGCGGCGGCGGCGGCGACGGGCUCGUACUGGCCCCUCGACGUCGAGGACCUCGGCCGGCUGAACCCCCUCCUCGACGCCCACCAGUCCCAGCAGCAGCUCGGGUUCGCGUACUGCAGCGACAGCCGCUGGCUCGGCUGCGCCGCCACGCAGCACUGCCCGCUGUACGCGCCCGAGCCGCUGCACUCGUGGAGGCAGCUGCCUUGCCGGCGCGAGCUUGCCGAGUACUACGCGCCGAUCGGCGACGACGGGGCCACCCUCGAGCACCUGCUGAGCAACGAGAAGCGCAAGGAGAAGUCACGGGACGCGGCGCGCUCGAGACGCAGCCGCGAGACGGACAUCUUCGCCGAGCUCGCCCGGGCGCUGCCCGGCCCGCAGGCCUGCCCGUGCCCGCCCGCCUCCGAGCCCCAACACCUCGACAAGGCCAGCGUCAUGCGGCUCGUCAUCGCCUACCUCAAGACGCGCAGCCUCGUCCACGCAGCAGUGCCCAAGCAGCUCGCCAAGUCCGAGCCGUCGUCCGACCUGGAGGAACUGCUACUCCAGGCCCUCGACGGCUUUGUCCUCGUGCUCGACAACAACGGAGACAUGGUCUACCUCACCCCGAACGUCAAGGACUACCUGGGUAUCGCGCAGAUGGAUCUCAUGGGGCAGAGCAUUUACGACUACAGUCACCCGUGCGAUCACGACGAGAUCAGGGAAUCUUUCACCGCCAAGACGUCAGAGCCCAGUCAAGAUCGCCUCUGCAAUUUCUUCCUCAGACUCAAGUGCACGCUCACGAGCAAGGGGCGCAAGGUUAAUCUCAAGAGCGCAUCCUACAAGGUGCUGCACUGUACUGGCCGCGUUAUCGUUCACUCGAACGAGCAAAGCCAUCAAGUCUGCCAAUCGGCCGAGUCGAACAAUCCGGACGAACCGAAGGAAAAGGAACCCAACGUUUCCCUCGUUGUCGUUGCUUCGCCGGUACCACAUCGCAACAUUGAAAUCCCACUCGGCAGAUUUACUUUCUUGUCCAAGCACAAUCUUAAUAUGAAAUUCACCUACGCCGACGACAAAUUAGCUGAUUUCCUCGGCUGGGAGAGUAAAGAAUUGAUGGGCCAGUCAGUCUUCGAUUUUCAUCAUGCUCUUGAUAAUCUAUCUCUGGACAAGUCUUUUAAAUCAUUGUUUAGCAAGGGCCAGUGCGAGACAAAGGCCUAUCGUUUCCUGAACAAACGAGGCGGUUACGCCUGGGUCGUGACCCAAGCGACGCUCAUCCAUUGUUCGAGACUCCAGAAGCCACUGUCGGUUGUCUGCGUUAACUAUCUGCUGAGGUAAAUCAAAUGAGCUUUUUUUCUCGGUAAAGAGAAAAUUGCUUUCGUUGGAUGAAGAUUCGUCUCUAGAGGAUUCUAGGUAGCGAUAGAGAGGGAGAGGAAUAGGACAAGGGCGAGAAACGGCUAUGGCAUGUGGUCGAUAUAGGCCACGAAAAGCGAGAGGGAAAAAGCUCCCUCCUUUUUCUUUCUCUCCCUUCGGCCCUACCAUUGUUUUCUUGCCGAAAAAGGGGAGAACAUUGGCGUUGGCGCAAAGGUCGCGUCGCAGUGUCGGGCUCGUAGCGCUGCAAAUGUAACGCCUCGCGAAUUUCAAUAAUUUCAAUGGGCAGACGAUCAAGGGCCUCCUCUCACAUUCUUCAGUUUCGCAAGUCUCGUAUUUUUCGCAGCGUCCUCAUCCUCGUCCUCGAGCACGCGGAUAAACGAUCUCGAUCUUUUGUUUCCGCGAGACUGUUUCUUGUUUCUCUCUCGCUGCACGUGCGUCGCGUCGUUGCGUAACUGGCGCGUACAUACGCGUC